GAAUUCUGAGAAAGAAUCGCCGACUGAUGAGACGCUACAGUUUGUGCUCUCCUGCUCCGUGACGCGAUGGCUCCAAUAGGACAGCCGUGAGUUCGGCUUUCGGCACGUGACCGUCGGCUGAUUUUGCGCGCGUCUGCGCAACUUCCGUACAACACUGACAUCCGAGUGCUCAACCGUCCGCGGCAGCGUGUUCGAUGAAAAGCUACGUCGACGUUAAUAGUCGAGUGUUACGGCUGGCGCUCGUCGCGUACAACGCGGAGGGAGCGUCGACCGAUCGAGAUCGUUUUUCCGCAGAUCGCAGCGAGUGCGUGUGCGCGCCCGAGCUACUCGACGGUGAUAAGUGUCCCGUGGAGUGACGCGCCCUCGCUGUCGCGUAAUAUCGACAUGUCAUUUCGCUGUUUGGCCGCACAACGACUCGCAGUCAGUCCGGCUUGUCGAGUGUCUUCGCUCGUGUAAACGCUUGUCGAAAGGACCAAAUCGCGAGAUUUCGUUGUCGGCGGCGGUUGCGGCGGCGGCGACGACGGCGGCGGCUCGGCGACGGCGCGCGUACGUGCCGCUCUCCGAGGCACAGCACGGGGGCUGACUUGGCUCGUAACGUACUUUUUCGCUUCUUAUUCUGUUCCGCGUUGGCCACAGGCGAGAGGACAACGUGGACAACAUGCCAGCGCCAGUUUCCAAAGUGCCGCAGAGGCAUAUUUUCGAGGAGGACAUCAGGUGGCUGGACGACAUGCCGCAGGGUAGCGAGCUCGACAAGUACCGCGCUUCGGCUUCGUUCUGCUGGAAGAGGCUCAGGAUCUUACUGGAGGAUCCGGAUAAGAUUCGACUCAAGAUGAAACUGUGGAGGGCGAUGGAGCUGGAUCCGGAGUUUCAUCCGCGCCUCGACGUCACACCGAGCGCGGACGAGCAGAAGAGGCGCGCGGCCCGCCGAUUGGCGCGCCUACAUCACCAAAAGUUCGUGCCGUCGAAUGUAACCCAGCUGAGCUACGGCGUUAAGACAGGAUUUAUGAUGACGUUGAACGAAGCCACCUGCAUGGUCGACCCGGCAUUAUCGGUCAAAAUUGCGCUUGGCGUUUAUCUGUUCGGCAACACACUGCUGAGCUUGGGCACCGAGCGUCAUCAUCCCAUUUUCCAUGCUGUGUGGAACAAGCAGUCGCUAGGAUGCUUUGCUCUCACGGAAGUAGGUCAUGGGAGCAAUACAAAAAUGAUGCGCACAACAGCGACCUACGAUCCAAGUAGCCAGUCUUUCGUUUUGCACACGCCAGACUUUCAAGCUGCCAAGUGUUGGAUUGGCAAUCUCGGUAAAACGUCGACAAUAGCUAUAGUUUUCGCCCAAUUGAUAACGCACCAGUCGCGCCACGGAUUACACGCCUUCAUUGUACCCGUGAGGGAUCCAAAGACGUAUCUAACUUAUCCCGGUGUGAUAAUUGGCGACCUCGGCGAGAAAAUCGGACUCAAUGGCAUUGACAACGGCUUCAUAAUGUUCAAUAAUUACAAGAUACCAAAGGAAAAUUUGUUGAAUAGAACGGGAGACGUCAAUGCGGAGGGUGAAUAUGAAAGCUCCUUCUCAGAUCCUCAGCGAAUUUUAGGCGCUGUGCUGGAAAAUUUAUCCGCUGGUCGGAUGGGCAUUUGCCAAGAGUCCACUAACAGGCUCGGCGCAGCCGUCAUCAUAGCUGUUAGAUACGCUGCUGUACGCAAACAGUUUUCCACCUCGCACGUCGAUUCGGCUGACGAGACGCCCAUUAUCGAAUAUGAACUUCAUCAAUGGAGACUAUUUCCUUACUUAGCUGCCGCCUGUGUGUUCAGAAUUUUCAUGUCAGAGUUCACAAAUGUAUAUUUAGAAAAUGUCGAAAAGUCUAUGGAAGGAGCAAAUAUUCCAAAUCUCAGUCAAAUUGUGUCUGAAAUCCACUGCAUCGUGUCUGCAAUCAAGCCGUUAAUUACUUGGACGUGUCGAGACGCGAUAAGAGAAUGCAGAGAAGCUUGCGGUGGUCACGGAUACCACAAAGCUGCGGCUUUGGGUGAUAUGGCUGUUAAUCACGAGCCGACAGUUACGUACGAAGGUGACAAUAAUGUACUUGUUCAACAAACAAGUAACUGGAUAUUAAGGCAGUGGAACAACUUGCAAAAUGGCUCAACGAUUGUUGGUCCUUUGGCUUCAGUCGGAUUUUUAAUAGAAGGUCCAGCUAUCAUUCGAAAGAAAUUCGAUUCCAAGAAGUACCCAAAAAUAAACUUAGAAUUUGUACGAGAAGCUUACGAAUGGCUAAUCACUUGGCUGAUCGUAGAAACACAACGUAAAUGCGAUGAAGAACUUGGUAAAGGAGCAAGUAAUUUUACUGCUCGCGGUAGGACGCAAGUCUAUCGGGCAGCAAACUUAUCAAGAGCUUAUGGAGAGAUGAUUGUUCUGCACUACUGUACAAUGCGAAUCAAAAACUUGCUUCCUUCAAUUGCUGAUGCUAGAAGUUUGAGAGUUGUUCUGAACAAUUUGGUAUUAUUAUAUUCGUUAACUUGCAUUGACAAACAUUUAUCGUCGUUUUAUCAAGGUGGUUAUUGCACUGGGCCACAAAUGGCUGACUUUGUAAAGGAAAACAUCUUAAACUUAUGUAGCGAAUUGAAAACAGAGGCUGUUGCAAUCGCUGAUGCCCUAGCCCCACCAGAUUUCGUUUUAAACUCUAUUUUGGGCAUGUCAGAUGGAAAGGUUUAUGAACGUCUUGAAGAAGCCUUUCGGUGUUAUCCGGGUGGUGCAGAACGAGCGACGUGGUGGACAGAACUGCUAGAAGUUGCUAAUAAACCAUUAGAAAUACCACAAUCAAAGCUUUGACUAUGAUAAAGUAAUUGUUAUCGAAUUAAAUAAUUUUCCCGUAUCUUUAAGUAAACUAAAGAAAGAAAUGUAUUCGAUUCAGAGUUUAAAUUGAACGUUACAAAGUAUGAUAACUCAUACUUUUGUUGAAUUUAAAAGUGUUUCGUGACGAUUCUCUUCCGUUGGAUUGACAAACAAAACUGCCGAUGUCGCAACAAAUACCUUGCACAGAACAAUCAUUAUUGAGACGUCUGUAUUUUAUAAACAAGUAUUUCCUCUUUUUUAUCGUUAUUAUUAUUAUUAUUAUUAUUAUUAUUAUUAUUAUUAUUAUUAUUAUUAUUAUUAUUGUCACUACUACUAGUUAUUAUUAUUCACUCUUUUUCUAUUGCAACACUAUACGUGUUUCUGUAUAGUACGUGAUUGUUUUACGCGUAAAAUAUCGAAUGGCGCGAAUCUUUGUAAGUCUAUUGUAUGUAUUUUUAUGACUCGUUAAAUGUUUCUCUCAAAACUAGACAAAAUUAUCUAGAUGAAACUGGCGAUGAA